GGAAGUAUUUCCCCACCUCGUCCACAGCUCCUAUGGCGGCCGCCGCAGCGUCCCGGACGCUGUUGCCGGUGGCCCGACGACAGCUAUGGGGAUUUACCCGCAGGCUCCCAGUUCGCGGCGCCGGUACGCAGCCAUUGUAUUUUGGAGGGGACAGACUAAGAAGUACACAGGCUGCUCCACAAGUUGUUCUGAAUGUUCCUGAGACUCGAGUAACAUGUUUGGAAAAUGGACUCAGAGUAGCUUCGGAGAACUCCGGGCUCUCCACGUGCACAGUUGGACUGUGGAUUGACGCUGGAAGCCGGUAUGAAAAUGAGAGGAACAACGGAACAGCUCACUUUCUGGAGCAUAUGGCUUUCAAGGGCACCAAAAAGAGGUCCCAGUUAGACCUCGAACUUGAGAUUGAAAAUAUGGGCGCUCAUCUUAACGCCUAUACCUCCAGAGAACAGACCGUGUACUAUGCCAAAGCCUUCUCUAAAGACUUGCCAAGAGCUGUAGAAAUUCUCGCUGACAUAAUUCAGAACAGCACAUUGGGAGAAGCAGAGAUUGAGCGUGAACGUGGAGUAAUUCUUAGAGAGAUGCAGGAAGUUGAAACCAACUUGCAAGAAGUUGUUUUUGAUUAUCUUCAUGCCACAGCUUAUCAGAACACUGCACUUGGGCGGACAAUUCUGGGGCCAACUGAAAAUAUCAAAUCUAUAAAUCGUAAGGACUUAGUGGAUUAUAUAACCACACAUUAUAAAGGACCAAGAAUCGUGCUGGCUGCUGCUGGAGGUGUUUGCCACGAUGAGCUGCUUGAGCUAGCAAAGUUUCACUUUGGUGACUCUCUCUGCGCACACACAGGAGAAAUACCAGCUCUGCCUCCCUGCAAAUUCACUGGAAGUGAGAUUCGAGUGAGGGAUGACAAGAUGCCCUUGGCACAUCUAGCAAUAGCUGUUGAAGCAGUUGGUUGGGCACAUCCAGACACAAUCUGUCUCAUGGUUGCAAACACCUUGAUUGGCAACUGGGACCGAUCUUUCGGAGGAGGAAUGAAUUUAUCUAGCAAGCUGGCCCAACUCGCUUGUCAUGGCAGUCUCUGCCACAGCUUCCAGUCCUUCAACACCUCCUACACAGACACAGGAUUGUGGGGACUCUAUAUGGUCUGUGAGGAAGCCACGGUUGCGGACAUGCUGCAUGUGGUUCAGCAAGAAUGGAUUCGACUCUGUACAAAUGUUACGGAGAGUGAAGUAGCACGAGCGAAAAAUCUUCUGAAAACAAACAUGUUGCUGCAGCUUGAUGGCUCAACUCCAAUUUGUGAAGAUAUCGGCAGGCAGAUGCUGUGCUAUAACAGGAGAAUUCCCAUCCCCGAGCUUGAAGCAAGAAUUGAUGCUGUGAAUGCGGAGAUGGUUCGAGACGUAUGUACCAAAUACAUUUAUGGCAAAAGCCCAGCUAUUGCUGCGCUAGGUCCUAUUGAGCGGUUACCAGAUUUUAACCAGAUUUGUGGUAACAUGCGCUGGAUUCGUGACUAACUUUUGUGAUCAAAUAUUCUGCAAUACAUAUUUAUAAAACUAGAGAUCCUGAAGUUUUUAAAAAGCUGUCAGUCUUCAAAUGAAAAAUAAAAUGUAUUUGGAACUUU